UCCCACUCUCCUUCCCCAACGUUCGAGCUCCGCCCCCGUCCGGCGGAUCCAGCCAAUCGGGCUGCUGCAGGCCGGCACCUGCUGGUGGCCCCGCCCCCUUCUCAGCUGCUCCAUUCCAGUGUCACUCACUCUCUGAGGAGGAAGGUGCGCGAGGAGGAGCAGACUGGAAUCUGGAUUGGAAUCAAGUUAAAACUGAAAAAGAAGCAUUGCUUGGACAUUUCGGGAGGCGUUGAAGGACACCUUGCACUCCUUAGCAAAAUUUUUGUAGGCUGUUGAAGACACAGUGCAGCACCCAGUUAUGUUUUUGAAAUAUUAACAGUUUUUGCUGGAUGUUGGGCUCUUUUGUUCCAGUUUUCUGAAUGAUUCUUCCUUGCAGCUGUAGCAGGAAUGCAGGGCCAGAACUUAGCGGAAAUGCAUAGCAGUGAGGUGCUUUCCGAACAGUCGUAUUCACAAGAUCUGCCAGCCGAGACAUCUGCCGCCGUUCACAACAGUGAUAAAGCUGAUGAAUAUUGCGUAAAGCAAGCUGGGAAUCUUGAUGAAAGUUUUGAGGUGGAGAAAUUUCAGAUAAGCUUUCCUAAUAACCAAAAUGGCAAUGGAGAUGUGCAUGAAACAUCACCGGAGACUUCUUAUGACACCAGCGUAGUGGAAUCCAACAGUUCAUGGGGUGACUUUGAAGCAUUUAGUGAAGUCAAUAUAAGCAACAGCCCAGAGUCUUUGGGAAAGUUAAGUGAAAAACAAGUUUGUAUGAAUGGGGUCGACCUCAACCACAAGUGCACCGCUACCUCAUGGACACAGUGCUUUUCCCAAAUGGCGAGACACCACCGAAAAGAAACUUCGACUAAUAUUAUGGCAGCCUCCACUACUGAAGAUGUCAUUAAACUGAGCUUUCCAGACAUUCCAGUACCACAGUUCUUGGAAAAAAUAAGCAGUUUGGAACAAAUACUUUAUACAGAAACAGAAAACACAGAACCUCCCGAAUGUACAGAGCAACAACUUUGCAUUGACUCAGCAGACGUAUGGAAGACCCUCACCUCUUGCAGUAACCUGUCCAGUUUAAAAUGUCGUCGGAAUGAAUCUCGUCAUCAGGAAAACCUUUUAGCUGUGCUUGGAAUAGAUGUUCACCAAAAGGCUCUUCCAGAGGGUGAAGAUGAUAUUUUGGAGGAAACCUGCAUUAAAGAAAAUGAAGAUUCCAGUGUUGAUCAAUGUAACGGGAACAUGUGCAAAUCGCUAAUUCAAACCAAGCUUUCUGUAUCCCCUGAUGCAAGAAAAAACCACCUCUUCACAUAUAACCUCUUCGUAAAGAAAACCCCAUCCACCGGAAUUAUGCAAUAUAUAACAGUUCCCCAAAAGAAGAGGAUUUUUACCACACAAAGCCUAAGGAUGAAAAUGUUUAGCAGCAACAUUUGUUAAUACAAAUACUUGUCACUCUUCUUUUUAAUUCCUUAUACCCUAUUACUAAUUUUAAUCCAGCAAAAGCCUCUGAAAAGGGAUGUUUCACUCCAUUUACUGGGAGGGUUGUGGCUGCAAUGUAACUCAUGACACUGUCAAGAGGCGCACAAGAUUCAUGAUGUUUGCUUCAUGAUGAACAACUAGGAGUGUACUGAAGUGUUUGUGGUGCUAACUCACUCUUGCCAUGUGAAAUAGCCUUACAGGACUGAAGAGCUUUUCCACAACUCUUCUAUCUAUGGCCAGGAUUAAACGUGCGUGCUUUCGGUGUGCCUUGCCACCUUCCUAUCACUCACAUGCUCUUACAGACCCUGGCAGCCUGUACUUGUUGCCCCUACCUAUCUUACUACUGAUCCCAACUCUUAAGAGUUGCCUUUUAUUUUGUAAACACAGUCUUCAUUACAUUUCUUGAUUUGCAUCUCAACUGACGUUCUGUACAACUUAUGGGAAGACGAUUUGAUACCUACUUAUCCUUAACUUCUUGAUUGUGCUCUUCAUUUAACUAGGAAGUGAAAUACAGUCAGCCUUCCACAUUUGCUAGGGUUAGGCACACAAGACUUCGUAAAAGCGAAGAACUGCAAAUAACAAUUUUAGUGUAUGUUUUUACCUGAGAGAACAUCUAAGAAUCUAUAGGUUUUUCAGACCAUGGAAUUGUAAUGGAGGACCUAGAGGUGUUCUCCCUAGGAAUCUUUAGGUCUUUCUGGUGGAGCUUAUUAUCAGUUUCUAGCAGAAGCUGACCACAGAGUCGCACUGUAGGACCUAGAGAUUCCUAGGGAGAACACUUAAAUCUGCCAAAGUGAAGGGCUGACUGUAUCUGAUUCAGUUGUGUUUUCAAACUGAUAUUCCUGAGGAGUUCAAAUAAUUUUAUUUUUAAUGUGAUAAUAUAGGCAUAUGGUAUGGGUUGAAUUGGCCAGUAGUGUUGGCAUUACAUUAAAAAGCUCUAGGACCCUUAUGAACUAAUUAAAUCCUAUUGCUUUCCUCAACAAAUGCUCUGUCAACAACUUGCUCUAUCCAUCUCAGUGCCUAAGAAUUCUACAGCCAGUACUUUCUAAAAAUCAAAGGCUGCAGACAUUUUAUCUUUGGGAAUACAGGGGCACUGCUGUCCUUUCUGAAUGGUGUGACUAGCACUAUCUUGCAGUUUAGUGCAAAUGAGUAAUGGUAACAUUUCAAGUCAUUGGUAUGCGUUCAGUGAAGUUUGAAAAGCCAUUUUAACUAAUGAUUUGGUGUAAAUUAGGAACUACUUGUUAAACAUCAUAAAGAAGCUUCUCCAUCCUUACCUGGAUUAUUUAUGACCCCUUUGUUGAACAUUCCUCUUUUUUCUAUACAAGGGAUCUAUGCCACAUCAUUUAAGUCCCACAAAGUCUUGGAGUAAGGGAAGGGUAACUCCUUCAACUCUUCUUUGAAAACAUAGAGCUUAAAUUGGUGGAAAGUUACAACAGUCAGACCUCCAGUCAUGGGUUUAACUUUUGCAGAUUUGAUUUGCUAACUAGUUUUCUCUGCUGCUGCACAGAUGGUUUCCAGCACUUCUCUCCACCGAGGAAGGCCUCUCCAUCUGUACAGAAGAGAAAUGAAGGCAUUGAGAAGGCCUAGACUGACGAGUGGGCAGAUGGAGUAAAAAGGAAAAGCCCUUGGGGGUAAAAUGGAGGUCCAUCACAGGCCUUCCUUACCCCCAAGGGUUCAUCCUGUGGUCCUGGGCUGCAAAUGGGGGGCUGGUGGAAGCAGGUAUGCCUGUCUCACAUCUUCAGAAGGAAUCCUGAGAUGGCAGCUGUGAUUCAGUAGCAGCCCUCCUUCCACAAGGCACCUGCACCUCGCUAUCUGUGCUUUCUCUUCCAUCUCUCCAGCUAACUAGUGAUGCCAGCCACAGGAAAGCCCUGACUUAAACCCCGUGCCCAGCUUCAAAUCAGGGUGAUUUCCUCGGUAGUGGAGAUGGAGUGGGGAGAGGCCUGGAAGAGGGAUAGAGGAAAGGAAAGGGGUCUGAGAGGGACAAUGACUACAUUGCAGGAGGCUUUUGCAGCAACAUCAUCAUCCGAGAAUGUGAGGAUGCCAGAGGGCAGCAGAGGGAGCCUCAGAUUUUUUGCAACAGCAGAAUCUGGAGGCAUGUUGGGAAAGGUGGGGAUCUUACAGUAUUAUGUGGUUUUCCCAUUUUUAUGGGGACUGUGUGCCAACUCCUGCAAAUGUGGAGGGCAAACUGUAGUUUUUUAAAGUUCUUUAUCUCUCCCAUAUCUGUAAGUAGCUUAUCAUAUAAAGAAUGCAAGUGGAUUAUCUGGAUCACGUUUUAUAAUUAUAUUAACUGGCAAUUAAGUUUGUGAGCUACAUUAAGAGCAGGAAAUCCUCUGAGGGAGGUUCCUUCUAACAUCAUCUGGAGAGUCACAACUCCUCCUUUUGGACUCCGCAUGACCAGGAAUGAUGGGGACCACAGUUGAAUGCUACCUAGAAUGCCACAUGUUAUUUUCCCCUUCUUCUAAAGCCUUCUAGUCCAUCUCCCUGGUUCAUUACUUGAUAGGUUGGCCUGACCCAGACAUUUUUGUUGCCUGACAAGUGACAAGAAGGGUAAUGAUUUGUCCUAGCACUGCAGUAAAUGCCAAUAUAAAUGGGAUGUAGUUUAAACUCUUAAGCUUGAUUAAGAGCUUGUAGGUUGUUCUCAACUGCAGAGUACAACCUGUUUGACAAUGUCAAUAAUUUAGGAGAAAGUUUUGUGUACUUAUUACUCAUUUUAAAGCAAUAGUUCAGUGAAACGUCAGCUGCCUUUGGGCAUUAACCACUUGACAGGCUAAAGUGUGGUGGAAAAACACAAAGUAAGGAAGUCAUGUCUCUGCAUGUACACAAAGGCCUCUAAAUGAACAGAUUUUAAGCCAGAUCUCCUAUAGAACAUUUGGCAAGUUACCAAGUCUGCACUGAUGUUUUCUAACACUGCCUUUAAUAAAAUAUUCACAGUAUA